AUGGCAGUGAGGAAUGAGGACAAAAGUGUGAGAAGCAGCACCUCUGUGACCAUCAAAGUCAGAGAAGGACGGGAGGAGGUGCUCCAGGACUACAAGGGCCAAAAAUUAGCAGAACAGAUUUUUCAAGGAAUCAUUCUUGUCUCUGCAAUAAUUGGCUUUAUCUAUGGAUACAUCACUGAACAGUUCGGCUGGACUGUCUACAUAGUUAUGGCUGGGUUUGCUUUAUCGUGUUUGCUAACGCUCCCUCCAUGGCCUAUGUACCGCCGCAAUCCUCUGAAGUGGCUGCCUGUCCAGGAGUCGGGAACAGAAGAAAAGAAGCCAGCAGACAGAAAGCCAAAGAGACACGCUAAAAGCUAA